AUGGAACACAUUGCUCAUUUUACUGAGACAGAAACCAUGGACGUGCCAGACGCCAGAAAUUGCAAAAGAAAAACACUCAUGAACCGCAUUCAUCAUCAAGUGCGCAAGUUGCACAGCAAUUUGGAUGCUUGUCUUCCGUCUUCUCCUGAUGACGCAAGCAAACAAGCUGAGUCACGCGUCUCAUAUAUAAGGGACGCUCUGUCAAGCUCAUUCAAUCUCCUUCUGGACACCAUAGCGAAAAUGAUCAAAGCCUUGAUCUUCUUGGCUGCAGUGGCCGCAGUUUCUGCCUCUCCUCAUGAGUUUUUAAAAUAUGUAUCAUGUGAGGGAGCUGAUAAUGUGACUUCGUGUGAGGCCGAUCUGCAAGUCUGCAAGAACCUUUUCGCAAUUGAACAAGAUGAACAAACUAGGAGACAAACAUACAAGAAAUGCCUCGACGAAAACGGCUUCAGCCAUCUGGAUGACGUGGACCCUGAGGUCCUCUUCAGCCCCACAGACGCACAGGCUCUGGCGCUCUUUGGUUCCGAGGAGAACCACCUGGCAGUGAAGCAGUGCGUCCUGCAGGAGCAUGGAGAGUUCAGGCCUGACGGAACAGUCGACCCUCAGCCCUUCCUGGACAGGCUGACUCCCGCCCUUAACGACACUCGUCCUGACCUCCUCGACCGCCUCGUUUCUGGCACGGACUUCUGCCCGACUGAAAACUUUAUUGAGUGGGAGGUCUGCAUCUUCAUGGAGUGCUUCCAGAGGGACUUCUCAACACCUGUGCCUACAACUGUUGUUCCUGAGGAGUAAUGGUGUGCAAUCAUUCCUUCCUCCCGUGACAAUCUGAAUGUCAUGGCAAUGUAAAUCAAUACUGUAAUGAUUGUAAAAGAUUGGAAUUAUUAUAAUUAUUUCCAUUUAUACUUUUUUCAAAAGAUCGAAAAGAUUCAAAUUGAUAUAGGCCUUAUAAUAUUUUUUUAAAUAAUACGGAAUGACAUGAAAUUGAUAUGAAAGACCUUUCUCCGAGAUAGUUCCCCGUCAUGAAUAAUAAAGACCAAUACCCUAAAGCA